GUGAGACUCUCCAUGGCCCUGGGAAGAUGCUUUCCAGAAGGUUGUACCGUGGAGGGAGCAGCAGUGAAACAGGUCUCCUGGUUCCUGAUCUACAGCUGUGUCUGCUCCUGUGUCUGCUGGGGAGUCUCCGUCCCAGCGCAGGAAGGAGGGCGGAAGGCUGGGACAUUCACUUGCUUCAGCAACAGUGUUUUCAGGAUUGACUGUCACUGGUCAGCUCCAGAGCCUGGCUCCAGGGCCUGGCUCCUCUUUACCAGUAACCAGGUGACUGACAUCAAGCACAAGUGCACCUUCUGGGACAGUAGGUGUACCCUGGUGCUGCCCAAGGAGGAGGCGUUCUUGCCCUUUGACAACUUCACCAUCACACUCCACCGCUGUGUCAUGGGACAGGAGCAGGUCAGCCUGGUGGACUCACAGUAUCUGCCGAGGAGACACAUCAAGCUGGAUCCGCCCUCUGAUCUGCAGAGCAAUGUCAGCUCUGGGCGUUGCGUCCUGACCUGGGGUAUCAGUUUUGGUCUGGAGCCCUUGAUCACAUCCCUCAGCUAUGAGCUGGCCUUCAAGAGGCAGGAAGAGGCCUGGGAGCAGGCCCGGCUCAAGGACCGUAUCGUUGGAGUGACCUGGCUCGUACUUGAAGCCAUCGAACUGAAUCCCGAUACCAUCUACGAGGCCAGACUGCGUGUCCAGAUGGCGUUAGAGAGUUAUGAUGACAAGACGGAGGGGGAAUAUUAUAAGAGCCAUUGGAGCGAGUGGAGCCAGUCCGUGUCCUUUCCUUCUCCCCGCAGGAAGACUCAGGGGCUCCUGAUCCCACGCUGGCAGGGGUCAGCCAGCAUCCUUGUUGCUGUGCCCAUCUUUCUUCUGCUGACUGGCCUUAUCCACUUUCUCUUCAGGCUGUCUCCCAAGGUGAAGAGAAUCUUUUACCAGAAUGUUCCCUCUCCCGAGGCAUUCUUCCAUCCUCUCUACAGUGUGUACCAUGGGGACUUCCAGACCUGGAUAGGGGCCCGCAGAGCCGGACCACAAGCAAGACAGGAUGGUGCCAGCGCUCCGUCGGGAGACUCAGAGUCCAGCAUCUGGGAGGCCAUCGCCACACUCACCUAUAGCCCAGCAUGCUCUGUGCAGUUUCCUAGCCUGAAGUGGGAGGCCACAGCCCCUGGCUUCCCAGGACCCCCAGGCUCAGAGCUUGUGCUGCCGGCAGGGUGUCUGGAGUUGGAAGGACAGCCAUCUGCCUACCUGCCCCAGGAGGACUGGGCCCCACUGGGCUCUGCCAGGCCGCCCCCUCUAGACUCAGACAGUGGCAGCAGUGACUACUGCAUGCUGGACUGCCGUGAGGAGUAUGACCUCUCAGUCUUCCCAGAACACACCCUGAGUCCCGAGUUCACACUGGCUCAGCCUGUGGCCCUUGCUGUGUCUAGCAGGGCCUGAUAGCUACCAAGGGAUGUGGGCAUUCUCAUCCCUCCUUAUUCUCAGAUGGCACCAGAUGCAGAGCCAGCGUAUCUCUGCUAGAUGCACCAUGUCUGUUUCGGGGAGGUGAACAAAAGGCCCUGGAGCUGGCCCUGGGGCGUGUAUAGAACUCCGGAGAAGAGGCAGCUGUGCACCGAUCAGAGGCUACGUGGAUGGAAGCAACAGACUGAGUCUCACCCCGCUGCUCUGCCUCUCUGGUGGAGAUGUCUCCGAGUUCAGCAUCUUAACACCCGCCUUCUCUUCUUUCCUCUCUCUGGCUUUUUCCCAGGCCGGAAAAGAGGGUGUGACAGGCAGCCUGGUCUAUCCUCGUGCCCCUAAAGGGCUAGCCUGAGCCCAGGGACACUGAUGAGACGACAUCAGUGAAAAAGUGUUCUUUCUCAGUGCCUUCCCCAUUAAGACCGGAAGGGACGCUUUCGACUUUGCAGACCGUGGAUGGCGGGGGGUGGAGGGAAUGGCGGAGCUUUGAGCAGGUGGGGAAUGUCCAUCUCUGAGCUUUUGGGGUUCCAAGAACAGCUGGAAGGAGUCUCACCGAAUGAUUCACAGAUGCCUUACCAGUCUGUGGCAUUUUCUUUCCUGGUGUUGUGAUAAAACACCGUAAUCAAAAAUGACUUACAGAAGGAAGAGUCGGUUUUGGUUUAGGGUUCCAGAAGUGUGGAAGCAUGGCAGCAGGAACCGGAAGCCGAGAGCUCAAGUCUCAACCUAAAGCUGAAGCAGAAUGGACUGCAAGCGCUGUCCCCGCCCACUCCAGCAAGGCUCCACCUCCUAAAGGUUCCGCAGCCUUGCUGAACAGUGCGGCGGAAUAGAGAGCAAGUGUUCCAGUAUCUGAGCCUGUGGGGAACGUUUCUCAUUCAAACCACCUCACUGCCUGCCCCUAACCUUCCACUGUUCUUAGGAAAAAAGCUGACACCCAGGGCCAUGAGACACGGUUGGGAGUGGCUAUUUUUCAGCAGCUGUGGCCUAUGAAGAACACCGAUACCCCUAACUGCCUCGUGGGGUAGCCGGGAGAGAGCGAUGGUGGGCUAGAAUGUGGCUGUUAUUUUCCUUGGCUUGCCGUAACAGAAGACCAGAAACCGGGUAGCCAACACCGUGGAUUUGUUUUCUCUCUGCUCUGCGGUACACGGGUCUGGAAUGGAGACACCAGGAAGGCCGUGCUCCUGGAAGGUAGGGUUUGUUUCAAGCCCUGCUUCACAUUUACUUUCCUCUGAGCCUCCUCUUCCAGACUGAGACCGGAUGUCACCCAAUGGCGGGGACAGGGCGUUUGUGCAGAUUUGCAGCUGUAAAGCACUGGCCCAACAGAAGUCCUCUUGCUACUCGGAGGGUUUUUAAAGGACAAGCGUGGAAACUGUGUUAAGUGUGAGGAUGAUUUCUGAUCCCUGAACACUGUGCAAGAGAGGGCCGCACUACUACAUGGAGGUCAUGGAAGAGCGGGGAGGACGGCAGCAUUGUGGGCUCAGAGCUGGUGUUCUGGGACUGCUCACAAUGGUGACAGUGAUCAGGAUAUUUAGAAUAAGUCGGCAUUUCUCAGGUAGAAGAAAUUUCUAGUUUGUCAGUAAGCCCUCAACUAUUUUAAAAUUUAUCUUUCAUUUAAAUAAUUACCCUUUUCGUGAAGAUAGGCACAGUAUAUAAACCUGCAUAAAUACUACCCUGGCUUCUACUAUUCUCUUCCUGAUUCCGAGGCUUCCUGUUAUGCUGUAUAAAUCAGCCGAUGUAAACCAGCACCAAGGUUUGUGUGUUUUGUAGGUCAUGGAAUCAUCUGCGAAAACAAGGAAAGAGUAAAAUUUUACAAAAGGCAAUUUAAGAUUUGGGAAACCCGGGCUUUUUAGUAUACUCCUGUAACACCAUUCCCAUGACCAUCAGGGCCCUUACAAAAAGAAGUAAGAUGUAAUUGGUGAGAAUAAUUGUCAGCAAAUAUUUCAAAACAUUGUAAUUAACCCUGGGCAGUGGUUACUGGACAGUCCUCGUGUCUUUUGUCUGGGUGUUAGUAUCAGUUACUUAGAAGCUUGAAGAGGAUGGAAAAGCUCAGUGUCUGUAGCAAUUCAUUCAAAAGACAAGAGAACUGUCCCUUAUUCUCUGUAUCUGUGCUUUUCAUCUCUGUGGCAAUUAUCUUAGGGUCUGAAAUGUGAAUAAAGGCCUUCCAUAUUCCUUUUAUCUUCAAAUAAUCAUAUUCUCUUAUAAAUAGAUAAGUAUAUCAGGCUGUUCUUUCAUGUAUGUAUUUUAAUAAAGAUUUUUUUCCAUU